AUGAAUUACCGGUCUAUUGCUCCAAACCGGCUGUGUAAGCUGUGUAUAUUCUUUUCACUCUUCAUCACUAAGUAUACACAAUUUUUGUUGAAGUUUGUCAGUUGCGCCAAAACCAUCACCUAAUAAACACCAUAUAAACAAUAAUAAUUAAAUAAACAAAUUAACUUUUAGUGUUGUUUUUUUAAUACAUCAAUCUUGCCUCUAUUAUUUUUCAAUAUUUCAAGUAACACUAUUCGUAUAUAAUGCACAAAAAACAAUUAAAAUAUUAUACUCCAAGUUGAUAAUAAUAAAAAAUAAAAAUAAAAAUAAAAAAAAACAUAUACAAACACCACAAAUGACUUGUAAAAAAAUUACCUCGACAAAGUGACUGCAAGUUGUUGGCGUUCAGUGGAAAUUAAACGUUUAUUUUCUUGAUAAAAUUGUUUUUAAAAAUUCAACAAAUAAACAAAAAUAACAACAAUAGUCAUUUAUCAUUAUUCGGAAUAAUACUUUGAUAACAAAAAAAAAAAAAUUUAAUCACGUGUUUGUGUUGGUGUUGUUAAAAGAAAAAUAAAAAUAAAAAAAAAUUCAACUAAUCCAAAGUAAAUUGGUUGAUAUUAUAACAACAACAACAAAAUGACAAGCAGUGGUGAAGUUUGGAUUCAAUGGUUUACCUGUUGCUUGAGUCAACAAGGACCUGGUGCAAGAAAUAAACGUCAACGACCACAAAAUAGAAUUAGAAUUGAUAGAAGUAUGAUUGGUGCACCAACGAAUUUUCAACAUACAACACACAUUGGUUCUGGUGAACUUGAUAUGUCAAGUGCACAUUUAACAGCAAUACAAAAUCAAAUGGAAGGAAAAGGUGGAUAUGAAGCAUCAUUUGGAGUUAAGGCUUGUUGAGAGGUGAUUAUCAAACUUGGUGGAUUUACAAUAUCUGUGACAUCCUGCAACUUUUUUUUUUUGUACAUAUUAAAAAUAUAAAAAAAAACAAUGAAGAAAAUUAUGGAAAAAAUGCUUAAGCUUCCAGCUAAAAAACUUGAGACUGCUUUGAAAUAAUAAUACUGCCACGAGGUGAAUCAACGCUUGCCAACCAGAUAAUUAAAAUG